AUGCAGCACGCCGACGAGGCGCAGGACAGCCUGCCCGAGCUGCACUCGCCCACCACGCCCGUCGACUGCUGCUUCGACGACGACGACACCAUGGCCGUGUCCGACGACGACUCGCAGCUGGACGCCGAUCGAGCCCACGCUCCUCCUCCGCGCAUCGCCGCACGCUUCUAUCGCCCGCCAAACCCCCGCCGCAAAUCCUCCGCCCAGUCGUCGCGCCGCAACUCCAUCUCGUCGACCCACUCGCACCAGAGCGGCCUGUCCGCCUACCGCACCCAGGCCUGCCAGAGCACCCAUGUCGCACAGCAUCUGCGCCGCGCCUCCAUACUCGAGAGCCGCAAGGCCCGCCUGGCCGACCGCGCCGCCCACGCCGAGCAGGUCCGCCUGCGCGCCGCCCUGGCCAAGUCGUCGCCGCGCACCUCCAACAGCGAGGAGAAGGCCCUGGCCGCCCAGCAGGCCCGCGAGAAGCACCUGGCCCAGGUCGCCGCCGCCUGUGCCGAGGAGGUGCGCCGGGCCAAGAAGGUGGCCGAGGACAUGAAGGAGCGCAAGGCCCAAGAGGAGGCGCGGUACCGCGCCGAGAUGCAGGAGAAGCUGGCCGAAGCCGAGCGCCGCCGCCAGGAGUACAAGCGCAACCAGCGCCGCCCGCGCACCGCGAGCGUGCCCUCGUCCGAGCCCAAGAAGCCGACUUCCGACGCCGUUCCGCCGCCCGACGACGAAACCGCCGCCAGACGCAUCCAGAGAGCUUGGCGCACGAGGCGCAGGCGCCGCAUGGUGGAGUCGUUCCUGGAGCUUGGACUGUCGAUCGACAAAGUCCAUGAUACGAGCUUCGAGGACAUCAGCGCCCAAAUCGCCGAGCAGACUGUUAUUUCCGCCUCCGCAAACCUGCUUAAUCUGCUGGCUUUGCGGGGCUCCAAUGACGACUUGAUCGGCGACGAUCCGGCCGCCAUCCGCACCUUCCUGAGCGCCUACCUGAUACUGGGGCACCCGGCCGCUGUUCUCAGCAGCAAGGACGGCGACCUGGAGCAGGACUUGAUCAAGAAGGCAACUGAUUUGAUCAUCUCCUUCGAGUCGACCUUGUCGAAGCUCUGCCAGUCCAAUAGGUACACGCCUCCACCUACGCAACUGGAGACUGUCGUUCUUGCACACAGUGCGUUCGUCACGGCCUUCUCCAACUGGAAGGCGCAGGAUUCCCACACGCUUGUUGAGAUGAUGGUGGCUUCUUUUGUGAACCUGGACGCUAUCUGGCAGAGCGUCAAGGAUGACACGCGCGGCGAGGUUGCCAACGAUUACCGUCAGGGCAUCCGUGACAACCAAGUCAUCUUGCUUAGCAAGAUCCGCAAGCUGGCGGGCCCUGAGAGGGCGAAUCAGCUGAUCAAGAAAGCCAUCAACGAGAGCAGGCGAGCGAAGGCUAGAGAGCGGCGCCGUCGUCCAGUCGGCGAUGUGCGGCCCAGAGCCGCCGAGAGCGACUCCGCGUCGGAGACGUCUGAAAAUAGCAGUGAUGCGUCAGCUUCCACAUCUGCUGACAGGGCCUCGCGGGGGCGUGAUUUGUUGCAGGAAGACGCAAGCGUCGCGUCGCAAGGCGACAUUGAUAUGGAGGGGGCACAGGCUGACGCGCUGGCGAAGCUCUUCUCGCCGAUGCCGUCCAACAGAAUUCUCGUGCAUGAGCUUGCCAUUGACAAAGAGUUCAGGAUUGACGAGGCCCAGCCUUCGGAAGUCAGGGAUGCUUUGAACCGCGAGAUCUGCGAGAGCAUGAAACGCGGCUUCGAGCGCGGCGAGGGCGCACCCUGGACGACUGCCAUGGCAGACAACAUCAGAGGCAAGCUUCUCAGGUUGUUGAAGCCCGGAAACUCUAUGUAUAAGCUUAUCUCGGAGGCGUUGGAUCCGGAGUUCGUUCACCAGCAGGCCACCCAAGGUGUCUUCUCCUACGAACGGUUCUUUUCGUUCAUGGCAUCUAUCCUGCCCAAGCUUUGCGCGCCUUUCAGAGACGCGCAGGUCAAGGUUCUUGCUGAGGAGCUGCAGGAGUCUGGGGAUCUCGAUCAGAUGAUCGGCAAGCUGUUCAAGCUUCUCCAUAUCAUCGAUCUUCUUGCCCUGGACUACCAAAACUACCUGCUUCACACCAUGGCACCCACUCUCAUCAAGGAGGCCCCGGGCUAUGAGCAGCGCGCCUUCGCUCAGGACUUGGAGAACAAUGUCAUCACUCUGCAGAAGACCAAGUGUUGGUUCAGCAGCGCCAGCGUCAACUGUCUCACGGAAGCCGACCGCCGCGACCCUAUCUAUGGACCUCCUACUGCGCAGAAGAUUUACGCUCGGGGCCUCGUUGAUCUGGCUAUCGCGCCUCCGCCGCUCCAGGAAUCGGAAGUGCCUGAGACGUUGGCUCUUGACCAGGCACGCCUUGCCCGCAUACGGCAAGACGCAGUUAAGAUCACCACUGUUGGUGCUAUCCUCUUGACUGCCAAGAACUUGCUCCGCCGUGAUGUCCGUUCACAGUGGAAGCCCGAGGCUCAACGGUUGUGGACUCUGUUGAAGGAAGGCUAUGUCAAGGAAGACGGCUCCAUGCCGGCCAAGAUCCUCUCCGUCCUCGAAUCGUCGCACGCCAUGCCGCCCAACACUCGCACUCAGCUGUCAAACACGAUCACUCGCCUUCUUUCGCAGGCAGCAGCAGGUCGUCUGGCUGAUCCGGUCAUGAAAGUGUUGUUCCAGCGCUUGAAGACCCAUAUUUUGACGCGUAUCAGCGCCAGCACGAGCGGCGAGAGGGUGCGCGCGGCUACGGGAGCCAGUGAGGGUCUGGCCACGAGCGGAUUGCCUGAGUUCGUGGGACAGGUGGGCGAUGUCGUCGAGCAGUUGACGAAGAUCAGCGAGGUCGACCGGAAGGCGCAUGGAGCCUGGUACGAGCAGAUCGCGGCAGAGGUCGAAAGAAUGGGCAGCGAGGAGGAGACGACGGUGGCGGCUCCUCCUCCCGCGGCGAACUAG